CGCACUUUCAAAGUUCUGAUUGGCUAUAGGGUCUCACCAUUGUAUGUCCUUAUUGGCUGCUGAACGGGAUCGCAUCUGCCAGACACCGGCAUGGCGGCGAUCGGUGUGCAUUUGGGUUGCACGUGUGCCUGUGCAGCUGUGUAUAAGGAUGGACGAGCAGAUGUCAUUGCAAAUGAUGCUGGAGACAGAGUCACUCCCGCUGUUGUUGGAUUUUUGGAAAAAGAAGUGAUUGUUGGCUUGGCAGCAAAACAAAGCAGAGUAAGAAACGCAUCAAACACGAUUGUGAAAGUAAAGCAGGUUCUUGGAAGGAGCCCUGAUGACCCACAAGCCAAGAAACACAUCUCUGAAAGCAAAUGCACAGUUAUUGAAAAAGGAGGGAAACUCCGAUAUGAGAUUGAGACAGAGGAAGCGGUCAAACUUGUAAGCCCAGAAGAUGUUGCCAAGCUCAUUUUCAGUAAAAUGAAAGAAACUGCCCAGUCUGCUAUUGGGUCAGAUAUCAAUGAUGUAGUUAUCACUGUUCCUUUUGAUUUUGGAACAAAUCAGAAAAAAGCUCUUGGGGAAGCAGCAGCUUCUGCAGGGUUUAAUAUAUUGCGUAUGGUUCAUGAGCCUUCUGCUGCUCUUUUGGCAUAUGGGAUUGGUCAAGAUUCACCUGCUGGUAAAAGCAAUGUUUUGGUGUACAAACUGGGAGGAACAUCCCUUUCUGUCACUAUGAUAGAGGUUAAUAGCGGGAUAUAUCGUGUGCUUGCUACAAAAACAUAUGAUGGAAUCGGAGGUGUGUGUUUCACUGAGGCGUUGGCGCAGCAUCUUGCAUCGGAAUUUCAACGGUCCUACAAACAGGACAUUCGGGGCAAUGCACGUGCUAUGAUGAAGCUGAUGAACAGUGCUGAUCUAGCAAAGCACUCCUUGUCCACAUUAGGAAGCUCCAAUUGCUUUGUGGACUCUUUGCAUGAUGGUAUAGACUUUGACUGUGCAGUUUCUAGAGCCCGGUUUGAACUCAUCUGCUCUUCACUGUUUACUCAGUGCAUUGACCCCAUAAAAAGCCUGUUGGAGCAAGUUGGAUUCCAGACUACUGAUGUGAAUCAGGUAGUUCUGUGUGGUGGUUCAGCUCGAAUUCCCAAGCUGCAACAACUCAUCAAAGACCUUUUUCCAGAGGUGGAACUUCUCAGUAGCAUCCCACCCGAUGAGGUUAUUCCUAUCGGAGCUGCCAUACAGGCUGGGAUAUUACUUGGCAAAGACAACCUCGCCACUGAUUUGGACACUAUAACCAUCGAGUGCGCUGCUUGUAACAUAUUUGUAAAGGAAAUAGAGUCUGGGGCAGAGACAUUUACGCUUUUGUUGCCAUCAGGGACCCCUCUUCCUGCUCGUAGACAGCACACAUUACAGGCUCCUGGGAACGUUUCCUCUGUGUGUUUGGAACUGUACGAGUCUGCUGGCAUACCCAGUGUGGCAGAUCCAUGUAAAUUUGCACAGAUUGUUUUGAAAGAUUUGCAAAAGAAAGCCAGUGGCGUCCAUGACAUAGUGACUGUGCUUACAAUGAAGAGAGAUGGAUCAUUACACAUCACUUGUACUGAUAAAGACUCUGGGAAGUCGGAAAUGAUCACGGUUGAAGAGACUUCUUAGUUUGGGCUUAUUUUGGAUGUGCCGCUUCAGAUCACAGCCAGAUAGUGCAGUAGUAGGAAUUUCAGUUUUCAAAUCCUCUUGACAAUUCAUUUAUCAACUUAAACAUGACAAGACAAAUCGCUUGUGACAGCCAACAAAAAAAAAUAAAGCUAAUCUUUUUCUCCUCAUAGGACACAUCUGUGCCUCAAAUUUCAAAACCUAUUAUGGGCAUGAGUAUUUUUUUUGGUGUUAAACUGACAAUUCAACAUGUUGAAGGACAACUGCAAUUUGAUGUCUUUAUUUCUUUUGUAUGCAAUAAGUUACAUUCUGUAAGGUUUGGAAAUAAUUCAACAGAAGACUGGAAGUGUCGAUUGUAUUAUAUUAUGCUUUCACCCAUGAACAUUGUAUGUUAAGUUUUUAGUAAAAUCACUUUCUACUA